GGCAAUGACUUGGAGGAGACUCUGGUCGAUGGAUAGUGACUGUGAGGGGACUCUGAUCUAAGGGAACUGAAGGAACGGCUGCAGGGGGAUCGACCAGCAGUUACUUUGAGGGGCUGGCUUGGACAGCAGUGUGGGCUCAGUGACUGGACAUGGUACUGUAGGGUUAUGUCUGGGCACUGGGUGUGGUUGGGUGGUCAUGACUGGGCAGAGAAGGUGUUUAGUGUAAAGAACACUGGUCUGGGACUUAUCAGGCCCGAGUUUAAUUUUAUGGACAACCAUCUUGUGGCUGGGAAACGUAACCUCAGGACUGAGCUACAGUUUCUUCAUCAGUGAAUGGGAAGUUUGGACUAGAUUAAUAUUUCCCGGACUGUGGAUUCCAUCCUAUUAUUGGGUUGUGAAGUCCAUUUAGUGGAUAGCACCUGAAUUUAAAACAAAAUGGAAUACAAUAGAAAUUUUCAGUGUGUUCACAUAGUGAGGUUAAAAGAAGAUGGAUGCUCAGAGUUCAGCCAAAGUCAACACAAGAAAGAGGAGGAAAGAGGUACCUGGACCCAAUGGGGCAACAGAAGAAGAUGGAAUUUCUUCAAAAAUGCCACGCUGUGCAAUUGGCUUACAGCAGCCAGCUCCUUUUUCUGAUGAAAUUGAAGUAGACUUUAGUAAGCCCUAUGUCAGGGUAACUAUGGAAGAAGCCAGCAGAGGAACUCCUUGUGACCGGCCUGUGAGAGUUUAUGCAGAUGGAAUAUUUGACUUAUUUCACUGUGGUCAUGCCCGGGCUCUUAUGCAAGCAAAGAACCUUUUCCCUAAUACAUACCUUAUUGUAGGAGUUUGCAGUGAUGAGCUCACACACAACUUCAAAGGCUUCACAGUGAUGAAUGAAAAUGAGCGCUAUGAUGCCGUGCAGCACUGCCGCUAUGUGGAUGAGGUGGUGAGGAAUGCCCCCUGGACCCUCACGCCAGAGUUCCUCGCGGAACACCGGAUUGAUUUCGUAGCCCAUGAUGACAUUCCUUAUUCUUCUGCUGGGAGUGAUGAUGUUUAUAAGCACAUUAAGGAAGCAGGCAUGUUUGCUCCAACACAGAGGACAGAAGGUAUCUCAACAUCAGACAUCAUCACCCGAAUUGUCCGGGACUAUGAUGUGUAUGCCAGACGGAACCUACAGAGGGGCUACACGGCAAAGGAGCUCAAUGUCAGCUUUAUCAAUGAGAAGAAAUACCACUUACAGGAGCGGGUUGACAAAGUAAAGAAGAAAGUGAAAGAUGUGGAGGAGAAGUCAAAAGAAUUUGUUCAGAAGGUUGAAGAAAAAAGCAUUGACCUCAUUCAGAAAUGGGAGGAGAAAUCCCGAGAAUUCAUUGGAAGUUUCCUGGAAAUGUUUGGUCCAGAAGGAGCACUGAAACAUAUGCUGAAAGAGGGGAAAGGCCGGAUGCUGCAGGCCAUCAGUCCAAAGCAGAGUCCCAGCAGCAGCCCCACUCGGGAACGCUCCCCCUCCCCGUCUUUCCGAUGGCCCUUCUCUGGCAAGACUUCCCCGCCGUCCUCCCCAGCAAACCUCUCCAGGCACAAGGCUGCAACUUAUGACAUCAGUGAGGACGAAGAAGACUAAGUUUUCAUCCCUCCUUUCCUCUCCCUUCCCUCUGUCCAUAACCUUCGGAAGCUCUCGGUUGAAUUCCACAUUGUGAUCCCAACACUAAACCUAAGGACAGCUACAAAAGAAAGAAAGUUGGGGCAGGAGGACCUAGGAUGGGAUCAGCCCAUCCUCCAAGAGGCGUCACCCAUUCACACCAAGAAGGAGGCUGAGUACACCUUAGAAGCCUGUUCUGCAUCCAUAUUCCCUCUUUACAGACUUUGCUUUACUGUUUAUGCUCAUGUGAUCUUGACAGGAAAUUGUCAUUUUUAGUAAUUUUUUAAAAAUCAGUCUUUCAAAUGUUAUAAGUAAAACUGAUUUUUUGCCCCUGAGGAGUGGGCACAAGGAAGUGGUGUAUUACCCAGAGGCCUUUUCUUCCUGAUACACUAUAGUGUUGCCUUCUGUUCUGAGGCAAAGUGGCUUGCCAAGUCCUUCAAGCAAUGACCUGCUUAUGAGUGAUUUCAUGGGGAGGGG